GGCGAAAUUGUUAUAUUGAAGGCCGCUUCAAUUUUUCUACUUUUGUCGUACUGUAAAAUUUCCCAAAACCCAAACCCUAAAGAUGAACUCAGUGUCCAGGAGCUUCUCGUCCAUCUUCACACACCCAAAUGUCGCAUUAAACAACCAGAUCUCAUAUUUACAGCAAUGGCGGGGGAUCCGAGUGAAGAUUUUGAACAACAAUUUGGAGAGAGGACUGACUUAUAUGCAGAGGAUAAUGCAAUCCAGUGGCAUCGAACGGAUGAUUAAAAACGAACAGUUAUAUCACAUCAAGAACUCAGAGAAACGAAUUUUGGCUCGAAAGAAUCUACAGCGUAGGCUUAAAUCGCAAGACCUGGCUCGUAAGCUCAAAUCGAUUCUCGUUAGAAAAGUCAGGGGUUAUUGAGCAUAUCUGGUUGAAUGCAGAAGAGAGUUGUUUGGUUUUUUGUUGCUUUGAUCACAGCCAUUUACUGCAUAAAAUUGUAACAUCU